CACGUCUGCUUACGUUAGUUUAUGCGAAUUGAUACUUUUCGUGCGCUACAUUGGUUGAUUUAUUUUAUAUCACCAGUGCAUGGUAGACAUUUGCCUGUCCACAAUCUACAGCAGGAUCUCCUGAAGCAUCCUGCCCUACAAGAUGAAAAAAAGCGACAGCACACUGGCGUUAAUCGACAAAGUCAAAAUACUCGUCGUUGGAGACUCGGGGGUGGGGAAGUCUUCAGCAGUCCAUCUUCUGUGCCACAACCGUCCUUUGGCGAAUGCAUCCUGGACUAUCGGCUGUAAUGUUGAGGUGAAAUUGCACGAGUACCGCGAGGGAACCGCGUCUCAAAAGACGUACUUCGUCGAACUGUGGGACAUUGGUGGAUCCAGCAGUCACAGCAGCGCCAGAGCCGUCUUCUACAACUCGUUUCACGGUCUUAUCCUUGUUCAUGACUUAACCAACAAGAAGUCACAUGAAAACCUAAGAAAGUGGCUUUCGGAAGUUUUCUGCAAGGACUGCCCAUCCAAGAAGGCAAAUGGAAUGCUCGAGUUUGAUCAAGAGAUGUUUGCUGACAGCCAAGUCCCAAUCCUGGUUGUGGCUACUAAGGUUGACCUUGUGCCCCAGACAGCUGGACGUGCUCUGGCUACUGUAGCCGAUGAAUGUGGCACUGACCAGGUGCUUCUGGACAAUCACAAUCCAAAGACUCUUUCACCUGGCUCCAGUAAUGCCCUCAAGGUAACUAGGUUCCUGGACAAGGUGGUGGAGCGACGCUUCCGUAGCGGAGCAACUUCUCCUCCAACAUCUGCCACACUGCCCGUGGUUGAUCGUCGGCGAACCAAGCUUUCACAUUUGGACUGAACGAACUGGCAAAAGACUAUGUGUUUAAAUAUUCUACCCUCAUGGGACAC